AUGGGCGUCUCUACCUCCACAGAGCCACAGUUUUUGUCCAAGCUGUCCCCAUCGGCGGACCUGCUCAUCGCCGUGUUUCUCAUCUUCACAGGGGUGUCGUCCGUGUGUGGAAAUGGGGCUGUGCUUGCAGUUUAUUACAGAAAAAGAAGCAAAAUCAAACCUGCAGAGCUCCUCACUGUCAAUUUAGCCCUGUGUGAUUUUGGGUUCAGCGUCCUGGGAGUGCCCUUCUUCAUCAUCUCCAGCUUGAGCCACGCCUGGAUUUUCGGGGAGACCGGGUGUCUUCUGUACGGGAUUCAGGGCUCUGUGUUUGGCAUCGGCUCUCUCAUCAGCACCUCGCUCAUAUCUCUGGACCGCUGCCUGAAAAUCUGCUGCUUAAGAUAUGGUCAGUGGGUCAACAACCUCCAUGCGUUCUUGUGCAUGUUGGUCAUCUGGCUGUACACUGUGUUCUGGGCUUCACUUCCGGCUUUUGGGUUUGGACGUUACAGACCAGAACCUUAUGGAACCAGCUGCACCGUUGACUGGUGGAGUAUCCAGACAACGCACAUUGACCGUCUCUAUGUGUACCUCUUCCUGUGCUUUGGUUUUGGAUUACCCACAGUCACCAUCAUCACUUCAUAUCUGGCCAUUCUGAUCAAGGUUUACAUCUCUAAUCGUGCCCUGGCGUCUAUUCCCUGCUCCUUUGUCUCCAAUACCAGCACCAAAGAUCUCAAACUCGCAAAGAUGGCUGUGGUUGUGUGCAUUGCUUUCCUCGUGGCCUGGCUGCCCUACGCCUCUGUGUCCCUCAUUUCGGCCCUGCUCUCCGGAGAAGACCCCCUCUCUGCACCCACACCUGCCCCCAUCAUCAACUCCGUCCUCAACUGGACCUCCACAGAGUCCUACAAACACUUUAACCCUGGAAAAUGGAGCAACACGUCUCUCUCCACUCACCAGGGACUAACUACGAGCAGCCCUGAGUCCAGUCUGGCUCCUGUGGUCACUGUUAUCCCCGCGCUGUUUGCCAAAUCCCACUGUAUGAUGAACCCGAUCAUUUAUCAGAUCAUGCACAGAGAGUUCAGGGACAGUCUGUAUCAGAUGGUGUUUGGACGAGGAAAAAGCUGA